AUGAAAAUCACACCAAGCUCUUCUCUUCUUCUCGCGACCCUUGCGAUCUCUUCAUCCUCCUCGAGUCUUGCGGCGCCCACCGAACAGCCCCACGAGCAUGCGCUUUCUAGCUCCUCAAGUACGCAGCUGUCUAGUCGACAGGACUCGAUGAACAUCCAAACCAGAGGCGGCGGUGCGCAAGUGGAAAUGCAUGGCCAACGCCCUGAAUCAGUGCAUCCCCACGAUGAACGGCCUCGCCCCGAUCUUGACAAGCGCGCAACCAUGGGUGGAACCCUAACGGACGUUUUGGGGGCCAUACCCGUUAUAGGAGGGCCUCUCGUCGAAUUGGUCCAAUCGCUUGUUGGUUCGGCUGGUGAAAGCGCCAUAUCUCAGGAGAGUAUAGAUAAGGUGCAGCAGGUAAUCCAAGCCAUCGGAAGCGCAUCGCCUCCCCUCAACGGUAGUUCGGUCUCACGGAACGCUGCACGGGAUGACGCCACUCCUAGUGCGGUCUGGCCGUCCAGUACUCAGUCGUUCGCGGCAUUAGAGAUGCCCGCCCCUCCUGUCAGUCCGCCUGUCUCACCCCCUGCUCCUCUUAGUCCUCCCGGACUUCCUGUCAGUCCUCCCGGUCCGCCCGUCUCACCUGGCAGUCCUCCCGGUCCGCCCGUCUCACCUGGCAGUCCGCCCAUCUCGCCACCGAUGCCGGUGAAUCCUCCCAAUACCCCUGUGGCGCCAGGACAUCCUGCAGCUCCUGCAGCUCCUGCAGCAAAGGAUGUUCCCGUUGAUAGUCAGCCUCCCACACAAGACCAGUCUCCGUGCAUGUCGCCCAACUCGACCAACGGUACUGCUGCAAAGUUCGACUCUCAGCCGACCGAUGGAGGCGAUGCUCCGCCGUUGUUUGCGUCGUCGACUGCGAACGGUACAUCCUCUACUAGGAACGGGGGAUCGUCCACGGUGUUUUCCUCUUCCACGAGUGUUGCCUACUAG